AAAAAACUUUAGCCUAAGGAAAGUCUUUCAGGAGUCUGACAGUGUUUGCAUGAUCAUUGAUUAAUGAGGACUUGACGCGAAGACGCCACAAUAGGAGUGCGUUGUUGGAAUUGGUUAUCAAAGCGGCGGGGAUGUAGGAGGUACACCUCAGCUGCCUGCGACUAUCCCUUGCCCGGAACUGGAGGAGUCACCGGCAAAAGAUGUCCCAAUGUGAGAGGGCCUCCAGAACAGACGAAGGAGGAUGAAGACGAGGGGAGAGGGAUCGAGAGCGGAAGAGGUGGAAUAUAAUGAAGUUGAGUGGGAAAGGACUGUGCACCGUCUUCUCCAGCACCCUCCUCUUCGUGAGCGCCCUGAGCGAAGUUGUCGUUGGAUUAAGAUGCGUCUCGUUGGGAUCUACAGUGAAAGCGCAGUUCCACCUCGGCGCCGCGGCAGGGGCUUUCUACUCCGGGCUACUUGUGGGAAUCGGGCAGGUCCUGCUGGGCUCCGCGCUGCUCUGUUGCAGGGAGAAGCCCGGCUGCAGGAAUUUCUUUCUCCUCUGUGUUGUCGUCUCUUUAUUGGGAGUGCUCACUGCCUUCUCCGGCGCGGUAGUAGACGGGGACACGGCUUCUCUGGUAGAGAGGAAAUAUUCUCAUUACUGCUUCCACUCAGUUGUUGGAAACCCUGCCUGCGAGAAACUGAGGGAAUAUCAGCGGACUCUGGUUAUCUCCACUGUUCUGAGCACCUUGGAGUGCAUUCUUGGGCUCAUCAACCUAGUGGUCAUCAAAAGCUACAAAAGGGCACAGGUUUCAAGGGGCCGACAGGCUCAGAGACAGCGCGUCGGCGCGAUCAUCUUCAGUGAGGAGCGGGACUGCGCCUCCGCUGAUUUCCAGCCUGUGUCUUACAUCAACUUGGGUGUUUUUCAUGUGUUUGACGAGACAGGUGCAGAGGUGCAGUGCGGGGGACACCCGUCAAGCGAGCUGCCGGGAUACUCGCCCACGGACCCAGAACUAAAUCACUGCUUCCCUUUCUCCUACCCGCUCCCUGCCGAACUGCCGCCCGCAUACGAUGACAUUUUCCCCGCUGAGGCAUGCAACACAUAGCAGCUCUGGAUUUGCCUCCUGCAGCACUUUCCUCUGCCAUGACAAUCAAUUACUUUUACUCUGCUCUUUUUCUCCAAAUCCCCAUCAAAACCAGUAAGUUUCACAGGAGGGCGACAGAAAGUGAAUUUUAAAUGACCGAUCCUUCAAAUCCAGAUGGUUUUCUUAAACCUCUGCGUGGUAGUUCAAAUAGUACGCCACCAGUCAGACUGAUGUGAGCAGAUCAAAGUGAUGCUGGCCAAGACAGUGAAGGCAGGUGAAGGUCCAUAAGCAACAGCUUUCGAGUAGCCUGUUAUUAAGGCAGAGUUUGUGACUAUAACAUUUUUACUGGUGAAUAAAAAGUGUAUUUAACCUCA